CUUGGAACUGUAAUUCUCUCCUCUAAAGUUGCUCAAGACGGGAAGCGUUCAGACCCUUGCAGCCGCGGGCUACACCAUCCACCCGCCGCAGCAAACACGUGUCUCCAAAAAACUACAACCCCCAUGAAGCUUUAGUGUCUGACAUUAAAGAGGGGUGGUGCUAGUUUAGUCCCUCUCGCGAGGAAGUUAAAUCUACCAUUCCCGGCGGGCGCCGCGCUGCAUAUUAUCCAAUCAGCCUUAAGCAAAAAGAAUCGCGAGUCUUCAGUGAGACUUGGCCCUAUAAGCCCGUGGGAACAGGUCUUAGAAACCCUUUUCACGAAGAUGGCGCCGAAGGCAAAGAAGGAAGCCCCUGCCCCUCCCAAAGCCGAAGCCAAGGCAAAGGCUUUGAAGGCCAAGAAAGCAGUGUUGAAAGGCGUCCACAGUCACAAAAAAAAGAAGAUCCGGACGUCACCCACCUUCCGACGGCCCAAAACACUGCGACUCAGAAGGCAGCCCAAAUAUCCUCGGAAGAGUGCCCCUAGGAGAAACAAGCUUGACCACUAUGCCAUCAUCAAGUUCCCCCUCACCACUGAGUCAGCCAUGAAGAAAAUAGAAGACAACAACACACUUGUGUUCAUUGUGGAUGUCAAGGCCAACAAGCACCAGAUUAAACAGGCUGUGAAGAAGCUCUAUGACAUUGAUGUGGCUAAGGUCAACACUUUGAUCAGGCCUGAUGGAGAGAAGAAGGCAUAUGUUCGACUAGCUCCUGACUAUGAUGCUUUGGAUGUUGCUAACAAAAUUGGGAUCAUCUAAACUGAGUCCAGCUGGCUAAUUCUAAAUAUAAAAGUCAUCACUAAAUGCA